AUUUUUUACACAAUUUUUUAAUAAUUCGAUUAGUCAAAGCUCGAGCUCCACAUAAUAACAUUGAUAAUCGCUGGACUUUACUCAUCUUGUUUAUACGGAAUUUCGGAAUGGCUCCUCAUAAAUCGUAACCUCAAAAAAUGUUUAAUCAGAAUCUGAUUUAAAUUACACAAAAACCCACGCGCAGAUCUCUAGCAGAGAUCGAUCCGACCCUGAGCUCUUAGAAAUGACGGCAAUGGCGUCGCCAGCAGCUUCGGCGAACGACGAUGAGACGGUGGCGAUGUCGAAUCUUCUCCCUCUCGCCUCCGCAGCUCAGCAGCCAUACGUCUCCGAGCUUCUCUCCUUCACACUCGAUCGUCUUCACAAGGAACCGGAAUUGUUGAGAGUCGAUGCGGAGAGGAUACGGCGGCAGAUGCAAGAGGUGGCCGUGGGCAAUUACCGUGCUUUCAUUGCGGCGGCAGAUGCUCUGCUCGAGAUCCGAGAGGAGGUUACUUCAAUUGAUAAGCAUCUCGAGUCCCUGAUAGCUGAAAUUCCCAAGCUAACAUCUGGUUGCACUGAAUUUGUUGAUUCGGCGGAACAUAUUUUGGAGAAGCGGAAGAUGAACCAAACAUUACUGGCAAAUCAUAGUACUUUGCUUGAUUUGCUUGAAAUUCCUCAGCUCAUGGACACAUGUGUGAGAAAUGGAAAUUAUGAUGAAGCCCUUGAUUUAGAGGCAUUUGUAGUAAAACUUACUACGAUGCACCCAAAAAUUCCCGUGAUUCAGGCUCUAGCUGCAGAAGUUCGGCAGACUACUCAGUCUCUUCUCUCUCAGCUUCUCCAGAAACUUAGAUCUAACAUUCAGUUGCCUGAGUGCCUCCGCAUCAUAGGAUAUUUACGUCGAAUCGGAGUUUUCAAUGAAUAUGAAAUGCGUCUGCAGGAUCCAUUUUCUGGUGGUCAGUUUUUAAGAUGCCGUGAAGCCUGGCUUACUGGAAUACUUGAUGAUCUAGACCAGAGAAACCCUUACGAAUAUUUGAAAGGGAUGUACCGAGCCAUAUUUGUUGAUGACACAUCAGGAAAUGAAGAAAAUUAUGAUGGUGGCCUUCUCUUUGACUGGGCCAUGCAUCAGAUUACCUUGCACCUGAAGACCCUCAAAAUCAUGCUUCCAAAGAUAAGUGAAGGUGGAUCUUUGUCAAACAUUCUUGAUCAAAGCAUGUAUUGUGCUAUGGGCCUUGGUUGGGUUGGGUUGGAUUUUCGAGGACUGCUUCCUCCACUUUUUGAAGAGUAAACACACAUUUCAAUCAUAUUUUUGUAAAGAAUUACACUCUUUUGCACUGAAUGAUCUCUCACGCGGAUUUUCUUUAUCGUCUCAACAGAGCAGUCCUUAAUUUGUUUUCUAAGAAUAUGAGGACAGCCGUGGAAAAUUUUCAGUUAGUCCUUGAUUCUCACCGGUGGGUCCCGUUGCCAGCUGUUGGCUUCCCCGCAAGUAGUUUGAAUGAAGAAAGUCGUGAAGAUGUCACGCCUCCUUCGAAUCUAAUGGAGCAUCCGCCGCUUGCCGUUUUCAUCAAUGGUAUAUCUGCAGCUAUGAAUGACCUACGCCCUUGUGCUCCUUUAAGCCUGAAAAACGUGCUUGCCCAGGAACUAGUUAAGGGUUUGCAGGCAGUUUCAGACUCGCUACUGAGAUACAGUACAACUAGAAUGCUCAAAGAUAAUGAGUCUGUUCUUUUUAUUAAGCUGUGCCAUGCUUUUGUUGAGGUUGCUUUUCCUCAUUGUGCAACAUGCUUUGGUCGUUGUUACCCGGGCUCGGCAGCUCUCAUCUCCGAUGCAAAAAACUUAUUCGAUGGACUUGGCCGACUAUUAGCAUCCUCGCCAUCAACGGAACUACCAAAACCUACUCUCAAUGCUGAGGCUAAUACAAAUGCUAAUAUACCGGAAAAUGGUAAUUCGCCAACUGUGGAAAAUGGGGUGGCGAAUGGGAUACAACGAACCACGAGCUCGGAAAAAAACCAGGAUUACACAAGUCCACUCAAGGAUAGGGUGGAUUCAGAUGAAGAUGUCAAAGGACCAAAAGUAACAUGAAACAUAACACAUAUCCCUGCAUUUUUUUUUUUUUUCUAAUUAUUAUUAUUCUCUGUUUACUGUGAUUAUAGAGGCAUAAAUGACUCUUCUUUUGUUUCUUUUUUCUAGUUCGAUAUACACAAACGAACAGUUGUUGGAUAUUCAGAAACUGCGUAAAAUUUUUCAUCGAUGCAAAAGUUGUUCUUGCUGUAGAACCAUAUGUGAUUCUCUUUCAAUUCUGUACUUUAGGUUUUUGAACAUUGUUAGCGAAGGGAUGUGUUGAAUAAUAAUACUUCACUUCACUUGCUUCUUAAA